GAGUGCCUAGAAUGUCGGCAUGGUGGGGUUAACCUCGAACUAGUGCCACAUAUUAUCAAAAAACAAAGUAGUGAAAAUGUUGUUGAUUAAAUUGAACUCACGCUUAUGCACCAAAUAUCCAUCAGCAGUGAGAGUAGAUCGACACUCGAGUGGUGCAGUGUCAACGAGCCAAAAUGAAGCGGAGAACAUUCAAUACCCACCGAUACUGGAUACAUGUUUCAAAGCACGUUUUAGAAGGCACCAGGAGAAGAAGCACGAAACAGUGAAGGUGGUUAAAACUGUUGAGGAGAAGAUGAUCAAACUGAAUUUCACGAGAUACUGGGGAUUCAAAACUCUGAUGUAUGAGGAAGGGAGGAUUUUUUAUAAUGAACUCCCCCAUGCUCAGUAUAUCACGAGAACACAUGUUAUUAGUGAACCAAAGUUACCUGAAAGUUAUGACAAUUUGGUGGAGCAGCAAAGUUUGGAGGAAUUGGUAAAGGAGAUUAAAGGAUUUUUCGAGGAUGGAAUGACUUUUGAAAUUGUUAGUAGAAAUCGGGACCAAGAAAGCUCAGACGAAAUAUUAAAGAACCCUAUCAAAAAAGAAGACUUAGUGUGCGAGUUCGUGGGUAAACAAGCGAACCGUAUCCUAGCAUCAUCCCUAGCCAGCCGCUAUCCCCACCUUCGCGAAGCUCAAGUUGAUUACGAUCCCCGAGUGGAAGCUUUCUGGUUUGCUGGUGGUAUUGAGCUCCACCGCUACAUAAUCAGCGGUAGGAAAGCAAGAGGGUGGAACAACGUGCUUGACGAACCGGCGGACAGAGCCUUCCAAUACUUGGGGAAUCCAUCACUCCAUCUGAGGCACAAACUACCCUUGAAAGAGAUCAUCCCAUUGUCAGAGUGUGAAAAUCCAGAUUUCCAUGUUCCCACAUUCAAAUACGAUCCUAGAACACAGGGCCACAGCGCGAAACGAAGGCAUGGCACGAAUAUUCCUGGAUUUUGGCCAGGGGAUCUCAAUCAAUUUGGAUUGAUGUCUUAUCACAAACGUGGAUACAUGAUGGGCAGAAACUGGAAUGAUGAACUAGUGGCUUUAAGGACUCAGGCUAUUUAUGCUAACUGGGGAUGGCUGUUGGCUCAAGCCUGUCAUCUAGGUUUUUCAACGUAUAAUGACGUUACUUAUCCCCUAGUAAAUCAAUCUGUGAUCACAAAUGGCCAAUGGUGGUCAUUCAGCGUGUACCAAUUAAAUACAACUCUACUGAAUAACUGGUACAAUGAUUCAAAUCCAAAACGGAAUAUUCUAUGGAUGACAGAACCCAUGAAGCUUUAUGAAACAAUAGAGAAUGGGAAACUCGUCGGUGUGAAUGAUGAUGUACUCAAAACGUUGAUCAAAUUUUACGCCAAUGCACCAGAAGAGAGGAAAGGAGUUGCCAUGCAGCCAUAUUUGGGGGAGGAUGAGAAAUUGAUUGCGGAUAUUGAACACAACGAUAGGAGGAAUUUUGUUGAGAACUGUUACAAGAUGCUCAUGUCAAACCGACCUCGUCACAAAUUGCAACCUGAGCUGUAUCACUGGCAGUGGAUCUACAAACACCUGUUUAAAACCAGACCACUUGAUAAACGUCGCACCCCCUGGGACUAUGGCGUUAAUCCAUUUCUGCGGAGAAUUGAUGAACAUCGAUUAAGAUACAUACCGAAGAAGUUCAGGCCAGUAGAUAAACCGAAAGUCAAGUACGCGCCGAACUAUUAUCCUUGAUAAAGUUCGAAUUAUUGUAAAUGUAGAAAACCAAUAUUCAAAAACUAUGGAGAAGAAUAUAAAAGAAAUGUUCUUCCAACUACAUGACGAAUUCAUUUCCCUUUUCUCGAAUUCAAGCAUGUUAUUACGCACGAAAAAAAUCUUAUCAAUAAAAGAUCAACGUUUUGUGAAUUGGUUUUAUUCGCGAUGUUAAAUUGACGAGUGGCGGCGCUGAAGCUUACAAGAUGACUGACACAAAAUUUUCCAAUUGAAAAUUUUCAGUCACACUUUCAGGUCAUAAGGGGAUUAAUGGAGUAAAAAUCCAUUUAUUAUUGAAGAGCAUAAUUAAUCGAAUCAGAGACAGCCUCAAUUGUGUGUAUCAAUGCGAAGCUUCUCCUAACAUCGCUUUUGUUGAUUUCAUUCGGAACGUUUUAUGUCGUAGCAUCAGCGCCACCUCACGUCCACUUAACAUCGCGAAUAUCUACAUGUAUUGGAAUUGUCUAACCACUACUCGUCAAUCCUGAUUGGUCAAUGAGUUAAAGUGAAGUUACUCGCUGAAAAAACACGGUAUUUUUAAACUCUUUUACACCCUGCACUAAGAGACAAAAUAAGUUUUAGCGAAAAAGUAUAUAUUCCGCCGAAGAGAUGUUUUGUCAUGUUGAAUCAAUUUAGUUGUAGACAAUAAAGAAACUUUCCACGAAA